AUGAAGUUGUUCUUGUGUCGGCACAGGAACGGGGGGAGCGCGGAGGGAGACCUCCGAGUUCAGGCGCCAAGUCUGGGAAUAGGGCGAGGAGGCAACCAGAUGAAGGGAUGCAACAUCGGCUGGAGAGGGAGAAGUGCAAAGGAGGAUCUACUCCAAAUGGGGGGGAGUAAUAUGAUUGGUGAAAAGGGGGAAGGGAGUGACUCAAGUACGGGGCGAAACGAUCCACCAAUUGAGGAGCCGAAUGAUCGCUCGGUGGAGAGAAGCUCAUGGGAGGCGACACAGAGUGCCCCCCGUCAGAACCCAAUCGAAAGGAACAGAAACUUUUUCGCCCACUUCGAUUGCGCAGACACAUUUCAGCGUCGUAGCAACGGAGUGGAGCGUUACAUGGAGGAGUUGCGCAACCCUCCGUUUAGGAGCACUUGUGUACAUGCCAUCCCUCCGAUAUGUUUCUACCAAAGGGAGAGGAAUAAUAAAUCGAGUUGCUUCACUGCAGGAGACCGAUUAAUAAGUAGCCCUGAUUUGCCAGCUGGAGGUGGAAAGGGGCCAUGCAUCCAGACAGGCGGCAAUGUCAAUGUAGAUACCCCCCAUGCUAGUGUGAUGAACAGGGUUAGAAACAAAGUAGGGCGUAGGAAGAAAGGGAAAAAGAAGUUGACAUGCCUGAAUCAAUUUUUUUUGCGUCAUAUGCGUCAUUCGAAGUGCUGCACAUGCCCGUUUGUAAUGAAGACCAACAGGAAGUACAGAUGCAUUAGGAGAAGCGGUGCUAUGUGCAUCUGCGUUGGGGUGAGUCACUCUGACCACUUAACCAUUGGGAAGGAUAACCAAGAAUCGGAAAAGGCAUCCCUUCGCAGGGAUGAGGAUCUUGCGAAGAAGAGAAGGGGCAUUCUACGUGGAGAGCACAACAAAAAGAGAGGGAGUGAACAGAAGGUGGGUUUGCGGGUGCAAUGGGAUGAUGGGAAAGAAGCCUACUUUUUUCAGGAUGGCUUGUCUGAGGUAGAUAGGGGAGAGGCUUAUCAUGGGAAUUCAGAUGGUACCUCUGAAUGCGCACAGUUCCACAUGUACGAUAGGGAGGAGGAGAAGAAGGCCAAGGAGGAAUUCACCCCUGGAGAGUAUUCCCCCCAAUGGAACAGUGCUCGAUGUGAAGAAGAAACUAUGGAGAAAGCCUGUGAAACACACUUUGGUAGGGGAAGAGCCCCAUGUCAAAACGAUAUCGGAGGUGAUUGUACUUGCAAUGAAGUAGGUGCGUAUAUGGAUGCGUUCAGAGAAACAUUGGAGAACCCCACCUUGGUUGAUGGCAUAACAGAUUUCCAUCCAAUCCAUUUGGCAACGAAAGAAGGGAAUAUGGAAUUAGUGAAAAGGAUGAUAAAGUCAGGAGCUUAUAUAAAUAGUAAAACGAAGAGAAGAAAGUUUACUCCAUUACAUCUAUCUGCAUCGAAAGGGGAUCUAGAUUCUGUUAAAUUUUUAAUAGAAAAUCAUGCAGAUGUAAAUGCUCUUUCAUGUGAUAACGAAACACCUCUAUGGUGUGCAUCCAUAUCAAACCAUCUGGAAGUAUGUAAGUAUAUUUUAACGCAUGGUGCAUUGCCUAAUUUGACAAUAGCAAAGAAGAAGCAUGACUCUCCUCUGCAUGCAGCUUCGAUGAUGGGCAAUUUUGAGGUGGUAAAAUUAUUAAUAGAAUAUGGGGCUGAUGUAAGUUGUCUAGAUUCAAAUCUCCUGGAGCCUGUACAUUACGCAUCCUUCGAAGGACACAAAGGGAUUGUGAAGUACCUCCUUUUUCAACAAAUCAAAGAUGCAGUAGAUACAAAAAUGAAAGAGGUUGUUAACGCCAUGCACAAAUAUGGAGUGUAUUCUAAAACGUUAGAACAAUUCUACUUGUUAAAAUAUAAGGCCUUUUAUAAAAAAAGGUUCACCAGUAAAAUAUUAUGUUGUGCUAUUGUUUCAGGAAAGGAAAAAAUAGUUAACCUCAUUUUGAGGAGAGGUGCUAAUCCAAAUUACUUCGAUGUGAGAUUACAGUUGUUUCCAAUCCAUGCUGCAUCCAUCACAGGCAACAUAAGAAUAUUAAAAAGUUUAGUUCGCAGAGGUGCAAACAUUUAUGCGAAAACGGGGUGUAACAAUUUAGCUAUAGACUUGACUGAAGACUUGGAGAUUAAACAAUACAUUUUGCAAGAAUCGAGAAAAAUUAACUUGAGGAAUGCUUGGCUAGUUAGACAACGGAAGAGUUCCCAUGUACUUUCUCGCCUUUCCCCCGACGCGUUUUACUAUGUCUGCACAUUUUUGUGA